GUCGGGGUGAGCACAUCGUCGUGGGUAGAAAAUCUGUUACUGCCAUGUGUGCUUCUAUAUAUUUUCGAUAAGUUCGUGGCGCUCCAUCCAAUAAAGCAUACGCGGAUUCAACGCAAUCGGUGACGAAAUUCGGCUGUAACAAAUAGAAUUUGCCUAGUAACUCAGAGUGGAGUGAUCUUUGAGCCUCGAUCGCGCAGCAUUCCCGAUCGAGCGGUAACAAAUCCGAGUGCCACGCAAUAUUACCUGCAUAGUGACAGUGGAAAAGUUUACUCCCUUUGGGCGUGAAUAGAAAUCAAAAUUUGGAUCUAUAGAGUCGCUCGCAUUUCCAUCUGGUUUCUCCCCUGCUAAUGCCAAACUAAUUAUAUUAGUGCCAAGCGCGUGUCCCCCUUCGGAUUAAAAAGUGCUAAUCGUCUGCGGUCGCCCAAAGAUAAUUCCCGGCCGCCAAACAAGUCUGCUGUAAUGCAACACUCUAUAUAGUAUCAAUUAAUUCCAAUCAGUGCAAUAUACGGCAUCCAUCAUGCAGUCGAUGAAAGCCGACGAACUGCCGGAGAAUCCGCGGGAGCGUUCCAAUCCCCUCUCAUCGCUAUUUUUCUGUUUUGCCAUGCCGGUGUUAUUUAAAGGGCGCAAGAAGACUUUGGAGCAAACGGAUCUCUAUCGGGCACUCAAAGCGCACAAAUCAGACUCUUUGGGAGAUCGCUUAUCGGCUGCCUGGGAUGAGCAGGUGGCCAAAAAGGAAACCCCAAGUUUGGGUCGCGCCUUGAUCAAGGUAUUUGGAUUUCGGCUGUUCCUUACGGGCAUUUCUCUAUUUGCCCAGGAAUUUUUAACCAAAAUCACCCAGCCCAUUUGCUUGUUUGGGUUGAUGGCCUACUUUGCCGGCAAUGAUCCGGACUUGAACAAGGCCAAGUUAUAUGCAGCGGGUCUUAUCGCGGUUUCGGUGUUCGGUGUCCUCUGGGGUCAUCCCUAUAUGCUGGGACUCCUUCAUCUCGGCAUGAAGAUGCGUGUUGCACUAAGUAGCCUAAUUUACCGCAAGGCCCUGCGGCUUAGUAGAACCGCUCUGGGCGACACCACAGUGGGUCAGGUGGUCAAUCUGCUAUCCAACGACGUGGGUCGCUUCGAUAUGGUUCUGAUCAACGUGCACUACGUUUGGUUGGCGCCGCUGGAACUGAUUGUUGUCACCUACCUGAUGUACAAUGAGAUUGGAAUAUCUGCCCUUUUGGGAGUCGCCAUAAUGCUACUGUUCCUGCCCUUCCAAUCGUAUCUCGGCAAGCGUACCAGCGUUCUGCGCCUGCGCACCGCUUUAAGAACGGAUGAACGCGUUCGCAUGAUGAACGAGAUCAUCUCGGGAAUCCAGGUGAUCAAGAUGUACGCCUGGGAGAAGCCCUUCGGCAAAGUGGUGGAGCUAACGCGCUUCAACGAGAUGCUGUGCAUCAAGCAAGUGAACUACAUUCGGGGUAUUCUGAUGUCGUUCGCCAUGUUCCUGUCGCGCAUCUUCACCUCCUCCAGUCUGAUUGCCUUCGUCCUGCUGGGGAAUGUGCUCAAUGCCGAGAGAGCCUUCUUCGUCACUGCCUACUACAAUAUACUGCGUCGAUCGGUGACCAUGUUCUUCCCGCAGGGCAUUUCCCAGUUUGCCGAGCUUCUGGUUUCUGUGAGAAGAUUGGAGACGUUUAUGCAUCGUCCGGAAACUCAAGUCAGGGAUAAAUCGAAGAUCACUAAACCGACUACCAAAGCUGAAUCCUUGAAUGGCGAUAGUCCCAAGAGCAAUGGCAUCUCGGAGAAUCUGAUUGAGUUCAAUCAGUUCCAGGCUCGUUGGGAAAGCCAUUCGUUGGAACCCACAUUGGAAGACAUCAAUCUGCAAUUGGGACGUCGAAAGUUGGUGGCUGUGAUUGGACCCGUGGGAGCUGGCAAAUCUAGUUUAAUCCAAGCUGUGCUCGGCGAACUGCCGGGUGAAAGUGGAAGCCUAAAAGUCAAUGGCAGUUACUCAUAUGCCGCCCAAGAACCUUGGCUUUUUACGGGCACUGUGCGGCAGAAUAUCCUAUUUGGAUUAGAGUGGGAUAAGCAUCGAUAUCGCACUGUGGUAAAGAAGUGCGCCUUGGAGAGGGAUUUCGAGUUGCUACCCUUCGGAGACAAAACUAUUGUGGGAGAACGUGGAGCAUCUCUAUCAGGAGGUCAGAAGGCCAGGAUUAGUUUAGCAAGAGCGGUUUACCGAAGAGCUGAUAUCUACCUGCUGGAUGAUCCACUAAGUGCUGUGGAUACGCACGUUGGGCGCCACUUAUUUGAUCAGUGCAUGAGAGGUUACUUGAGGAGUGAGCUCGUCAUCCUGGUCACCCACCAGCUGCAGUUCCUGGAGCAGGCGGAUCUCAUAGUCAUCAUGGACAAGGGACGCGUGAGUGCCAUGGGCACCUACUCCUCGAUGAAGCGCAGUGGCUUGGACUUUGCCCAACUGCUGACUUCUAACGAAGAAGAGGAAGUGCUGGAGGAUUUCGAGAGGCCAUCCGGAGAUGGUCUUGACCUUCUAAAUGUGCCUUCGAUGAGCAGAAGAGGCAGCAAGAACAGCAAGCCAAGCACUCGAAACAACAGCUUCACCUCGCUAAGUUCCAUGGCGGAGUCGAUGGCUCAGGAGGCUUCGCUGCAGCUUCAGGAGACUCGAGUAGAGGGCAAGAUUGGUCUAGGACUUUACAAGGAAUACCUGACCUCGGGCAGCAGUUGGUUUAUGCUCUUCUUCAUGGUCUUCCUAUGCCUGGCCACUCAGAUCCUUUGCUCAGCAGCCGACUACUUCUUGUCUUACUGGGUGGAUAAGAAUGUCUAUGAUGAGACAAGUAUGAAGUCGGACCCGCAGGACAUGUACUACUUUACCGCUCUCAAUGUGGCUGUUGUGAUCUUUACCAUUGUGCGAACUAUGCUCUUCUACAAAAUGGCCAUGAAAAGCUCCACGCAGCUUCACAAUGCAAUGUAUCAGGGAAUUACGAGGGCUGCCAUGUACUUCUUCAACACGAAUCCCUCGGGACGCAUUCUCAAUCGGUUCUCGAAGGAUCUGGGCCAGGUGGAUGAGGUCCUGCCCAGCGUUAUGCUGGAUGUGGUGCAGAUUUUCCUAACCCUAUUUGGAAUCAUCGUUGUGAUUUGCAUAACAAAUCCGUACUACCUCAUUUUGACGCUGGUCUUGGCUGUAAUUUUCUACUACAUCAGAGAGUUCUACCUGAAGACAUCGAGGGAUGUGAAGCGAUUGGAGGCGGUGGCCAGGUCACCUAUAUACUCGCAUCUGGGAGCCACUAUUAGUGGACUUCCCACGAUCAGAGCUUUAGGAGCUCAAAAGGAACUGAUUGCGGAGUUCGACAAUCUGCAGGAUUUGCACAGUUCUGGUUACUAUACUUUCCUGUCCACAAAUCGUGCCUUUGGCUACUACCUGGAUUGCUUCUGCACGUUGUACAUUGUGAUCAUCAUCCUCAACUACUUCAUCAACCCACCGAAAAGUUCCGGUGAAGUGGGAUUGGCCAUAACCCAGGCGAUGGGCAUGACGGGAAUGGUUCAGUGGGGCAUGCGUCAGUCGGCGGAACUGGAGAACACGAUGACGGCGGUGGAGAGAGUCCUGGAGUACGAUGAAAUCGAGCCGGAGGGAGAGUUCGAGUCGCGUGAGGGCAAGAAACCCCCGCCGAGUUGGCCAGAAAAGGGAGAGAUCGUCGCCGAGGAUCUGUGCCUGCGCUACUUCCCGGAUCCCCAAGCCAAAUAUGUGCUAAAGGCUCUCAAUUUCCACAUUCGACCCUGUGAAAAAGUGGGCAUCGUGGGACGAACUGGAGCCGGAAAGUCCUCGUUGAUCAACGCACUCUUCCGACUUUCCUACAACGAGGGUUUCAUCACCAUCGAUGAAAGGGACACGGCUGGCAUAGGACUCUUUGACCUGCGCAGCAAGAUAUCCAUUAUUCCCCAGGAACCUGUGCUUUUCUCGGGAAGUAUGCGGUACAAUCUGGAUCCCUUCGAGGAGUACAACGACGCCAAAUUGUGGGAGGCGUUGGAGGAGGUGAAGCUGAAACCAGUGAUCGCAGAACUUCCCAAUGGACUGCAAAGCAAAAUCUCCGAGGGCGGCAGUAAUUUCAGCGUUGGUCAGCGCCAGUUGGUUUGCCUGGCCAGGGCGAUUCUCCGGGAGAAUCGUGUUCUAGUCAUGGACGAGGCCACGGCGAAUGUGGAUCCGCAGACGGAUGCCCUGAUCCAGGCGACGAUAAGGACCAAAUUCCGGGAUUGCACGGUGCUAACCAUUGCCCAUCGCCUGAACACGAUUAUGGAUUCGGAUCGGGUUCUGGUCAUGGAUGCUGGACAUCUCGUUGAGUUCGGUUCGCCCUACGAACUCCUCACCGCCAGCGAAUCGAAGGUGUUCCACGGCAUGGUCAUGGAAACUGGCCAAAACAGCUUCGAUAGUCUGCUCAAAGUGGCUGAAAAUGCACAUCUGGAAGCAAAGAAGCAAAAGUCGGAGUAGAUUAGAACCGGGUUUAGUACAUCGGAAGCCAAAAACGUCUCAAUUCCUGGCUGUAAGUGCCUGCAAUGUUGUACCUAAUCCAGCCAGCUGCAUUUAAGUUAGUUUUAUACUUAAAGUAUUAUGUCUUUGAACCUUACAUACUUAUUAUAGGGACACUCAAUGCUUAUAGAUAUAUUGUAACUUUUAAAUCAACCCAACGAAAGGUUAAAUAUACUGCUUAUUUAUAUCUGAAAAAUCGGGAACUCUACUGUUGAACUAAUAAAAUAAAGCUAUUUAAAAGUA